AUGGACGUUACUUCUGCACGUUCGACAAGCACAAGGAUUGUGGGUCGUAGUCAAAUCAUAGCACUUAAUCCAUUCCUGGAUACUGACGGCGUACUGAGAGUAGGUGGUCGACUCACCAACACCGACUUAGACGAAGCUCUUCGAUAUCAAAUUAUAAUUCCACGUGGGGCCCUGGCUUACUUGCUAGUCUCUGAUGCGCAUACACGUUGCCUACAUGGUGGUAUACAACAAAUGCUGCAGUUUCUUAGACAACGUUUCUGGCUUAUAGGGGCACGAGCUCAAAUAAAGUCUUUCAUCUGGACAUGCACUACAUGUCGUAGGCACCUUCAAAUUCUACAACGCCAGCAAAUGGCUUCGCUUCCAAAAGAGCGAGUAUUAGUGGCACCACCAUUUUCUCGUAGCGGAUUGGAUUACUGCGGGCCAUUCCAUGUCCGUGUGGGAAUGCAUCGUGCUACCCCGACUACAAAAACAUACGCUGCCAUAUUUGUUUGUACGGCUUCACGAGCGGUACAUAUUGAUCUGGCAGAGGACUUGAGUACACAGGCAUUUAUAGAUGUUUACGAUCGCUUCAUUAGUCGAAGAGGUAUAUGCACCACUUUAUACAGUGAUAAUGGAACACAAUUCGUAGGCGCGAAACGUCAAAUGCAGGAGGACUUAAGAAAUUUGGUAGCGACAUAUGCUCAACAACAUUUGGCAGCUGAAGGUACCUGUUGGAAGUUAAUAACCCCUUCCGUACCUCAUCAUGGGGGUCUAUGGGUGGCGGCAGUUCGUUCGGCUAAAAAGCAUCUACUGCGGGUCAUGGGCAGCCAGACGCUGCUUUACACUGAGGUGUCCACUCUCUUGACUCGCAUUGAAGCGUGUCUGAAUUCGAGACCACUGAUAGCUCUCUAUGAUGAUCCUGAAGGUGGGAUAGCUCUAACUCCGGGGGACUUCCUGAUCGGGCGUCCACUUAAUUGCCGCCCAGAUCCUCCAUUACCUGAAGCUCCAAAAAACGUCUUCGGUAUUGGCAACGACUCCAGAAAAUGCUGGAGCACUUUUGGCGUCGCUGGCAAUCCGAAUACCUACAAACUCUCCAAACUCGGAAUAAAUGGACUAGAGCGGAACCCAAUGUGCAGCGUGGUGACAUCGUUCUUAUACGAGGUGAAAAUCAUCGGUUUGGCGUAUGGGACGUGUGAUUGA